GCGGCCGCCUUCGGUUUGUAGUCAGAAUCAAAAGUUAACAUCUAGAGAGCAGCAUGGACUGGAUCUGGGUUGUGGUUUGGGGUUUAGGGGCAGUUUUUUUGAGCGCUGUUCCUGGUUCCUCUCAGGAUUCACCCAAGUAAGUGCCAAGGUCAAUCAUAUUUAUUCCCUGAUAUGUCUUUCCUGUCUAAAUGCAUAUUUUCUCACAAUCCAACCUGAUUCACUCUUCAAUCCUGAGCUACCUCUCUUGUCUCUACCAGGACACUUUUUCUAAUCUCAGGUCCAGAGGUGUUGCAUGCUGGGACAUCGACCUCUAUCGCCGUUACUGUCUUUGAUGACUUCUCAGGCAGGGUCGUAGCUGAAGUGAAACAUGGAAUAACAAAAGUAGCCCAAACAGAGAACUUCCAAGGAGGUGACCAGUGCUACAGCUGAGGUUGAUUUGCAUUUUAACAUGUAAAAAUUUUUGGGAACUAAAGUAUGAUUCUGUUUUUUGAAGGUUUGACCAGGAUGCUCACCCUCCCACCCGUGAGUAUAGAUCUCUUUUAUUUCUAGAUGUGAUCUUUUUCAUACUGAUAGCACUAGAUCAACAUUUUACACCCUAUUUAGCUUGAUCUCUUUUUGUACACCUCUCCAGAUUAGUGGAUCUAUCACCAACAGUUCCCACUUGAACUUAACAGUGAGGGGCUACACAGGGGACACUCUCAUUUUCACGAACACCACCACCCUCAUCUUCAGUCGCAGCAGCGUCUCCACCUUCAUUCAGACAGACAAGCCGAGUUACCAGCCGGGCGAUACUGUCAAAGUCAGAGUCAUGUGUGUUCAGUCAGAUAACCGUCCAUACAAAGGCCGAGUGGAUGUCUCUGUACAGGUGGAUUUCUGUCUUCUGUAUGUCAGGGGAUUUGGACGGGCACUUGUGAGGUGGUGGGGAGUUUGAUGUUCAUUUGUCAUUCGUAGGAUCCCAGUGGGAAUGAUGCACAGAAAUGGGAGUCCAAAGGGGACCUGGGGAUUAUCUUGGAGGAGUUUCAUUUAUCCCAUGCAAGCCCACUUGGAGAGUGGGCUAUCACAACUGCAGUGAAUGUGAGAAAAUGAUUCAGAAACAUCUUUACCUCUGUAUUGCAUGCUUUGAAAAUAAGCCUUUGAAUUGAUUUAUGAAAAAAUACUUGCAAAUUUAUCUCUGAUUCUCUUUCCUACAGGGUGUUACUGAUAAGAGAGUAUUCUGGGUGGAACAUUAUGGUAAUAUAUCUAUCACUUUGUCAGUCAGCCACACUUUAAAAGGACUCUAUCUGUCUGCUUGUUCACUUCAACACUUCUGUGAAUGUUAAAAUAUCUCAUCUUUUAAAGGAGUGCCAUGACAUUUUUGCAGAAAAAUUGGAGGACUAAUCGUACUGACUUUGGUGAUAUGUUAAUGUCCCUGCAAGGUUCAUGUUCAGUUUAAAUACAUCUUUAUGUUUUUUAAUUUUUUUUUAUAUUACUGAAUGGAUUUCUAUUGGUACAGAUUUUUUUAGAAACCUGAAGGACACGUUUUCAUUGCUUUGGGACCAGCUGUCUUUUUCUGCACUGCCAUGUCCCACAUCCAGAUAGAUUAAGGGUUUUGACAAAAUGGACAAAUCACCAUUUGCCCUCAUACUUUUCACAUAUUCUGUCAUCUACAUUUAUUUGAUUCAAAUAUGCCCACAAGUUCAGUAAUUUUAUCUGUCAUUGGUCAGUAUAAAUAAAUCAUUUUAUUUUGUCAAAUGCAAAAUAAGAUAAGAUAAAAUUUAGUUAAAAUAAAGUACUGAAAAUAAUGUGAUGUUGGCAGUAUAUAUCCAUAUGGGCCUAACUGAAAAAUUGUAACUGGUUGACCACUAGUCCCAUUUGUUUCCUGCACAUCAAAAUUCCAGCAAAACAAUUCCAUAUUUGCAGAUGCAGAUGUUGACUUGCUAAUGUCCUGAUCUGCAUCAGUCAGCAUGAUAAAGAAAUCAACAUAAAAGCAUUUGCAUUGUAAGGGUUUCCUGCUCAAGGUUUCUGACUGUUAAAAGGAAGGUUGUCUAUGCCACUUUGACUUUUUUUAAGAUGGGAUAAGAGUGAGUCUGAUCUCACAAGAUGGAACUCAGUCUAAGCCUAUCUUGAUGUAAAUUUAGUUGAAGACCCGCUCGUUUUGAGAAACAAAGAUUUGUUGUGAAUUGGCAUUAUUUAAAUUAAGAUUGAUUGAAUAGUUGAUUGAGAACUACUGAGAGAGCACUGCUGAAGGCAUUCAUUUAUAUUUGCAAGUGAACACAACAGGACACAUCACCAUGAUUUUAUCGUUGCAGAACGUCCCUUUCAGGUGCUGCUUAAGACGCCACCACAGGUCCUCGUGGGGAAAAACAUCUCAGGAUCAGUGAGAGCACUGUGAGUUCGCUAACCGUUUGAAAUAAUUUGAAUCACAUUAACUCAAAUUAUCAUAAUACUUUUGUCUUCUGCCCCAAGUUAUCCAGGUGGACAGCCUGUACAAGGGACACUGGCUGUUUCUCUGACUCUUGUAUCUGGUUCACUGAAAGCAGACUCUCCCCUCAUGCAAACACAAAAUAAAGAGGUGAGUUCUCCUUCUUAAUCCUGGUUGUUUUCCUCCAAUAGAAAGAGCGUUUAGAUUUGUAAUAUUAGCCGGCAUGUACUUUUGAGAGUAUAAUCAAUGAACAGCUUCAUCAACUUGAUUUUGAUCAUUGUUUUCCAGCUCUAUGGGUCAACUCAAUUUUCCUUUAGCAAAGAUCUGCUGCAGACACUUUUUAUCUCAUUUGGAUUCAACAGCGAAAGACGAGUGCGUGUUGUUGCCUCUGUCAAGGACAGCUCUACAGGUGAUUAUUUUAGCUAGUGAUUUAAGUGUAUAUUUAAAUUCCAUCUUAAAAAUGAAUCUUACGAAUUUUCCCUAAAGGCUACAAAGUGAACACAACAGCAGAGAUCCACCUUAUGAGGGACAUGUUCCAGCUUUCAUUCCAGGAUUAUCCACUUCGACUAAAACCAUCUUUGCCAUUCACUGCAGCAGUGAGUGCAUGUUAUUUUCUGCUUAUUUAGCAUCUAUUUGACACUGUUCCUAUACUGUGAGCUGACUUACAUCACCUCUGCUCAACAGCUCAAGAUCUCCAGAUAUGACAGGAAACCACUCAGUUUAGAGGAUCUGAAUCACUCUGUUCUGAUUGAUGCCACUCAGACAACAUCCACCUUCAGUGGUGAAUCUACAGUUCUUACACUUCCAGUAUCGGAGGAUGGGAAUGUCCAUAUUAAGAUUCAGUUACAGGAUCAAGUAGAGGUACUUUUUAUUCGGGUGAGUAGUUUGUUUCAUAUUACCUUUUUUUUUCUCUUAAAGCUCUGCUUGGCAGUUUCUUUGUUGUAAGAUGAGUGGUUUCGAUGCAGUAGUAUUACACAAAAAAAUGACCCUUCAGAUAUAGUUAACCUAAAUAAAUGUUAAGAACAUCCAAAGUCUCAGAUUUGACCCUGUGAGGUUCACUUCUCUUGAUCCUUAACUAAAGAAAACACGUGAAGUGACAACAAUCACUUAAUGUUAACAAUAUUACCAAUUGAGUCCUUCAGUUCUUUUAAUUUUUUUGAUCUUGUGUAAUUUAAGGCAAGAUUCCAAUCCAUUGAGGAGACUCUGAGGAUUCGCAAAAGCUUCUCCCCUCCCCAUGGCCCGUAUAUCCAGAUCUCCCAGAAGAACAUUUCACCUGCACAGGUGACUGAUGUGAAACUGUAACAUUUUUUUUGGUUAAUGCAGAGAAGACAAUCAAUAAUAAAGUAGAAAUGUAAUAUAACACUGUCUUCCUUUCAUGUUUAACUUUCAGAUUGGUUUGCCUUUUCAAAUGAACGUGGAGAGCAGCUGUCAGCCAAAGAAACUUCACUAUGUGGUAAGUGGUGAAAAAUGUUUUGUACAGUUUACAUGAACUACAGUUAGAUUGUUUUCUAGAUGAAUAGACUCAAUAACAAGCUAGAUGUUUAUAUUGAUCACCAUUAUUGUCCAAGGUCAGGUGUUUGCUUUAAUUUUGCUGAAAGGUCAGGUCUAGACUGUACUCUCUGUUGUGUUUUCUGAGGAUAUCCUUCAAUCAAAACAAUCUGAUUGUCAUUGAACUCAGUAGAUGCUGCGAUUAAUCAGGGUCAGUCACAAAUCUAUUUGUAUGGAAAAACAUCAAGAUUUACUCUCAAAACUUCACUGUCAAAAUGAUAAAAAAAUACUUCAUAACUCUCUCAUUGAAAUUAAAAUGCUGCCAGCAGCAACCUGAAUCCACCCCCACCACUCAGCCAAAACUACUUGAGCCCAUCCAGCUCAUCCUGCACACUGCUACCCAUACAGAGGUGCCAAUAACACAAUAUUGUGAGUUCAAACAUACAACUGCUUGGAAAACUAGCUUGGUCCUUUGUUCAAUUUUGGCUAAAUGUUUCCAGAAAUUUAACUUUUGGCACAUAAGUGCGAGCUUACCAUCACUGAUUGAGAACUAAAAGACAACAUGUGGCUUACCUUGUGCAUCGGAAGUACCUGCUGUUCCAACGAGAUGACGUGUUUUGGAGGUAAUGAAUAUGCAGCAUGGUGAGGAGACAGACACUUAAAGAAAUCUGUUUUUCCUCCUAAAAAGAGACUGGUAGUCUGCAGUGAAGUCUUACUCAUAGUCCAAAGAACAGAGGCAAAGAGGGGGACUACAGUCUCAAUUUUCACAAUCGUAGUUAUGAAAAUGUUAGAGUUGAUGUUGAUAAUUAUAUUGUGUCUAAAUUAUUCUUAGUGGGAAUAACAUACCUCGAACUGUCGUUUAAAUGUAAAUAAACUGUGUUUCUUCAAAUGUGUUCGAUUUAACCAAAGGUGAUGUCAGAAGUAAUAGGCUUACAAGGAGCUUUGAAUGAGUAUGAAUCUAUAAAAGUUUAAUUUUGACUUUUUAUUUGAUGGAACUGGUGGAACUCUGGACCCCCCUGGUAUUUUAUGAAUUUUUUACAUUUAUUUGGUAUCACUUUGUGAAAUUUGUUAAACAAAGAGGACCGUCUAAAGCUAAUGCAUGUGGAAUAGAAUAUUAUUGCUACUUGUGCUAAAGUGUGAAAAUAAAUGGCUUUUGUUUUUACUCUCUUAGGUGUGCUCUAGAGGCCAGAUUGUGGCGGCUGGCACAAAGAAUUCCUCCUCUAUUACUCUGACUCCGUCAGUGUCCUGGUCCCCUGAGGCCUUUGUCACUGUCUAUUGCAGCUCCUCUAACAGAGAGGUCACCCGUGACACAGCACGCAUACCCAUAAACCAACACAACCAUGUAAUACAACUUGAUUUUAUUCAUAUUUACUUUGUCACCUGAUUGUGUAAUUUGCAUAUUUCUCUCUGACAAAAUUGUGAUCGUGUUUGUUUUUAUUUAUUUAUUUAUUUUUUUGCAUGUCUCCUGCAGGUUUCUCUUAACUGGAGUAGCUCCAAAGCCCAGCCUGGUGAGCAGGUCGCUCUCUCUGUGGCUGUCCUUGAACCUGGAUCUCAGGUUGGAAUUAUAGUGAUGGGGACACGCCAUGGCUCUCAGCAGACUGACCCUGAUUUGAAAGUGGAGCAAGUAUGAAAAUCCCUUCUCUAACAGAAAGCCUGAAGGAAGUUUGAGUAUUUGCAGAAAAGUCAAAAUACAAUCUCCGAAACUCUACUUCUGUGACCUUUUAGAUCAGGUCAGAUUUAUCUUGGUUUGAAUACAAAACUAGUCGUCUUGGUCUUCUUCAACACAUCUUUUCUCAGUGGAACAUGCUGUGAGACCAAUAAACCAGUUAGUCUGGAUGUAACGUAUCUGCUUGCUUUGUUCUGAGACGACUCCACUGUUUCUAAGAGCCGGUAACUCUAGUGUGUUGAGCACAGGUCCUGAGGGCUAUUGAAAGGUUGAAGUCGGAGGAAACAUAGCUCAGCUACAGCGGGCUUUCUUACAUGACCUUUCCUCAUCUCCAAAGCUGUGGCUAAGUUUAUUGUUUCUAGUAUAAUGGAACAUUACAGAAAAUGAGAUUUCCUUAGGCAUCCUAAGACUUGAGACAGUGUUACACCUUACAUCACCCACCAAGACCCUGACCUAAAUCUCAGUCACUGUCACAAUAACGUUGAUUUAUUGGUUUGGAAAGUCAUUUGCAAACUGCCAGGUAGAAACUUUUCUUCCUGGUGUUGUUGUUUUUUUUCAGUAUAUAUGAUAACAAAAGCAGGUCAAACAAACACCAAACAGAUCAGAUAUUAAUUUCAUUCAACAGUCACAAUAAAUCUAUAUACAUAAGGUCUUAUCAAAAUGGUAUAACCCAAUGAUAAGACUUUCCCUUUUUCCUUUUCCUAAUUUUUUUUCUUAAUUAUUACAUUUAUUUAAGUUGUUAAUAUUACGAUCUUUAUUUUUAUAACUGCAUUUUUGCACUCUUUGUCUGUGAUGCUGCUGGAAUAUUCUAUUCUAUUCUAUUCUAUUCUAUUCUAUUCUAGGACGCUCUUAUGAUGAAGAAUAUGCUAUGUGGAGAGGAGUUGUUCUGUAGUAACAAAGUAGUUUUAACUGAUAAAAUUUCAAUGUCUUAUGGUUUGAUUUUUCUUUAUUAUGAGACUUUUCUGCAGGCAUGAAUGUUGUUUUUUUUAUUUUGACAUUUGUCGAUGUAUUUGAAGUGUUGCUUUAACAGUUAUCUUCUCUGUCUUUCACACCUCAGGAUUGUGAUACUUGGAUUAUGACCAAUGCCAGACUUGAUGGGAAAAAUCUGCCCCACGGACAUAAAAAUGGUAGGAUGAUGAUUUAAAAAAAAGAAAAAACAGAAGUCAUAUCAGGGUGUCUUAACACCUGGAUCAUUGGAGGAAGUUGUUAAGUAACAGGGGACAUUUCUCACCUUCACCUGGAUAUUUGAAAAAAUAUGACUACAGCAGUCACACUGAAGCUGAAUGCUGGUUAGGUUCAGAGAAUUUCAGCCACUUUAUAAAAUCAGGGGAUUUUUCUCUCAUUACUGGAACCUUCAUUUUAUUCACACUGGCCUCGUACCUUUACAUACUGUGCAAUUUUCAGAAGGAAUUUUGAGUUAAAACAGAUUUUGCUGGUCUUCUUUCUUUUGGCAGACUGUUUCAAAUUACAGGCCAUUUGAUAGAGUAGGCACAGUCAGGUUUUAUUUUGAGCCUGGAUGAUAGAAAAAAGUACCUUACUUGAGGAGGGGGGCUGUGUCCAUGCACUCUAAAAGGUCAAUACUCAGGGAUUACCCUCUCUGUGCCUUAAAAGCAAGCAGUAAAACUUGAAGAUUAACUCACUGAUAGCCAGCUCAGAUGCACUGAGACAUGAGCAAUGUGGUCUUCUCAUUCAGUGCCUGUUGAAUAUAUGAUGAAAAAAAAAACUGAUUGAGCUUCUCCAGUUAGGGUUCAACAUUUCAAACAUCAUUUAGCUAAAAAAAGUGAAAAGGUGAUGAUUCCCCUGAUCUGACUUUUGAUAACUCUGUUACUGUGAAAUCUAUGUAGCCCCUGUGUUUCUUGCUAAUAGCACUAAACUUGAUGAGUUACCUUGAUAAAAUCUGUUGUCUAGUGUCUCUCAGUCAAAAGUCAACAAUCUUACUUUGAUUUAGUGGUAGUAAUAUUUUGAUAUCUAACAUGUACUCGCCAUAUGACUGUGGAGAAGGAAUGAAAGGAGCCUGAUUCAUUUACAAGCAACUGAGAUGAUAGAAGUCAUACUCAGCACUUGGAGUCCCUCCUGUGGUCAUGCUGCAUAUUGGACUAUUUGACCUUGUUGUUCAGAUAUUUGGGCACUUCAACUCUCUUCUCUCAUUUUGGAAUCAGAUGUGCAAUCCUUGAUGGUUGAGAAAUACUGGAGCCACUGGAGAGAAACUAGUGAAUCUCUGCUGUGGUUGGACACUGUUGUAAGGUGAGUGCUUAAAGGCGCAAAGGUAAGAGAAAUACUGAGAAGUACUGUCAGAUCGAAUCAUUGUUUACCAUAAACUCGUAUUUUAGAUGAAAGCAUGUGACUUAAAUUCAGUGUUAUGUUUUGAUUUGUUGUUUUCUCUCAGUGGUAAAACUUGGACUAGCAGGGAGAUAACAGUUCCAGACGGUGUGACUUCUCUGUCGGCUGUUGCGCUGGUGAUGUCAGAUCAUCUGGGUUUGGGUUUCACUCCUGUACCUCAAAAGGUAAUUUAAAACUUCAGUGUGUGAAUCUGGCUCUCCUACAUUUUAGUGGGCUACUAGAUAUUCCUAACAUGAUUAUUUUGGUUGAUAUUGAUAUCCGAGUUAUUAAGAAUGAUUAUCCGGUAUUUGAUGUCUGAAACACACACAUCGAACAACUUAAAACAUAUUCAAAGCUUAAAAACUCAUAAUUAUUUGAAUAACACAAUAAAAUCCAAAUUAACAUUCAGUUUAUUAUCAAGCUUCAUAUUUUGGGUUCCUGAAAACUAUUUUAAGUUUGAAAUAAGGAUUGCCCAUCGUCUAUUUCACAGCUGUUUGGUUCGUAAACUAAUUGUAUGACACAAAAUAUUGAUUUGGAAAAAACUGUAAUAAUUUGAAAAUCACAUUUCUGAAUAGAAAAUUUGACAUACAGAGUGUCAUGAGUUUACUUCCAUGCUUGUGAGUCUCUUUUGUUUUUAUUAGUUGGUUACAGUAGAGCACCUCAUCCUGAAGUUCUCCAAAGCUGUAAUUAUUGACAUGCACUCCUGAAACACUGGUGCAACAAUCUUUAGGACAGUGUUUGUUUGAUUCAGACAGCACAUCAGCCUGUGUAGCAUCUGCUGGUAAAUCCAAACUCCUUGCAGUAAACACAUCCAGCGAUGUUAUCAUUUUAACCUCACUGUUAUCAGAAUCGUCUACAUUUGUUCUAGAUGGGUCAAUUGUAGCUGCUUUGCUUUGGUGUGCGUAAAACUCUUUACAACUCUCUGUAAACUUUUGAUUCUGCAUCAUCUGGUGUGAAUGUGCACAUGCUCACACAUUCCUUGAGGUUGAUUUGGUGCUACCGUUUAUUAUCAUUCAUUCAUUAAAAAAUGUGAAUAGCAAUCAAGCAGCCCUUAAAGCACCAGCUAUCAUCACUGAGCAAUCAAGAUCAGUGCAAAUACUGCAGGACUUAUGGACUGUUGUAUCAAAACUGUUGAUUGAACUUAAAAAAAGAAUAAAUAAAUGUAAAUGAUAAUUUAGUAAAAUCAGGAGCAUGGUUCAUAUGAUUAGAAAAAUAUAUUCCUGUGCAUCUUUGGUUCUUUUCCGUAUCCGUGGAGAUUGGACAGACUGCUGACUGAAAAAACAAAUUUAGACAAACAGGCAAAAAAAGUCUUAUUUGUGUUUUAAGUCUGUUUAUUCUUUCCUUCACAGCUGUCUGUGUCCAAAGAUUUUUCCUUGUCUAUGGAUGUCCCAUCAUACCUCAUCAGAGGGGAGGAGAUUGUUUUGGAGGUUGAGAUCAUCAACCAUUUAGAGAGUGAAACUAAGGUAUAAAGGAUGACAUUGGUGCUCAUUAUUCUGCCAAAUAGAAAUAGUAUAUUAUUUGAUUGAUUUGCUUAAAUUGACUUCAAACUACUGAUUCAUCAGUACAACCAAAGAUCUGUCCUUGGCAAGUAUGAUAAAAAGAAAAUGUAACAUCCUUGAUUGAACUCUGUUUUUUUUUGUAUUUUUCUCUCCACAGGUUGUUAUGCUUCUUGCACAGAGCGAGUCGUUUGAGUUUGUACAAGCAGACAGAAGAGAUGUCUCUGUGAUAAAUGCCAAAAAAGUCAUUUUAGGGAGUCACAUGUCUGCUGUAGUUCUGUUCCCCAUAAGGCCUGUGGCUCUGGGUGAGAUGGAAAUAUCUGUGGAUGCCGUAUCAGAAGAAGCCUCGGACAGCCUUGUUUGGAAAGUCUUUGUGAAGGUAAUGGAAAUGAUCAUACGUUUGGAUUUAGAGUGUGAGGUCUCACUGGAUUAGAUGGCGAAGAAACUGCCUUUUUUUGUAGCAAUUCAUAUCUUAAAUGUACUCAGACAAGGAUACAGUGUAGAUGUGUUAGACAAUGUGUUAUAAGGCAUGAACCCUUUGAUAAUAACAUAUAAUUUCCAUGUUCCCAAAGCCUGAAGGAGUUGAACAAUUCUAUUCAGAGAGUCUUUUCCUGGAGCUGGCACCAGUGAAACAGAACUACUCCAGAUCUGUCUCCUUCCACUUUCCAGAUGUGGUUCCAGGAAGCCAGAGGGCCCAUGUGGCAUUAGUUGGUAUGUCUACCAUUUGUACUCUUUAUUGUGCCAAUGGCAGUUUCAACUGAGAGCUCUUCAUGUUUACUCUUUGCCAACCAGGCAUGUGUAAUGAUGUUCACAUUUUCCUUAGUUCUUAGAUAAUGAGCCUGGGUAAAUGCACAUCAAAACUCUUCUGUCCUGAAAACAUUUACGUGGAGAAUGAUUUAAAAUGGAAACAAUGGACAUCAAACAGGAAUGUUUAUGGCAGGCAGAUUCUGAACAGCUGUCAGGCUGUUGGGCUUGGCUCCAUUCAGGUUGAGGGAUGUUGGGCAUUCGUCAUGGUAGAGGGGCAAGCCUCACUAUUUUCCUCAGUUGGAUCAGAAUUUGUGGUUUUCCUACUUUUGUGAUAGUGGCCUUUAAAAACAUACAGCAAAUGUGUUGGAUUGAAAGUUUAUUUCUUUUUGAAAUCCACACUAGUACUCUCCUUUGGGGUGUAUAAUGUAAAUAAAAGAUGUACGUUUCUAAUUGACAAUUUUAGAUCAAACCUUUAUGGUGAGGAGAGAAAUCUCUUCAUCCUUCUUCAAUGUCAGAGUCAUUUAAAACAGCAUGCAUUCAUAUUCUGAUGUAGUAAAAUCUAUAAUCAUUAGCUGUAAAGUCACUCUCCAUUCCUUUAAAGGUCUGUCCGGUCAUAAACUUUAUUAGUGACCCAUUACCGGUGCAACUGUUAAAUCCUUCCCCUGUGUUUUGCUUUUUACAGGUGAAAUAUUAGCCUUGUCCUUCAGGAACUUGGGUUCUCUGGUUCAGAUGCCUCUUGGUUGUGGGGAGCAGAACAUGAUCCGCUUUGCUCCGAGUAUUUAUGUCCUCCGGUACCUGGACAAGUCCGCCCAGGAUGAUGAGGAAAUCAGGAGCAGAGCGCUGGGCUACAUGAUGGAAGGUAGUCAGCUUUUUAAAAAAUAACAGACAUAGAGUAAAGAUACUGCAGCUGCAAAGUUAACUCACUACUUACUUUUGAGUGAUCUGUGUCUUUAUGUAAGGAUAUCAAAGACAACUGUCCUUUCAAGGAGAUGAUGGGUCAUUCAGGGCUUGUGGAGCCAGCAGCACCUCUGGAAGCAUUUGGUAGGUCACUAGUGUACCAAUAAUGGUAGACUACUCCCAUGAGACAAAAAGUCUUCAACUUCCUCCACCUCUGAUGCUCCUUCUCCUGUCUUUGGUCCCAGGUUAACAGCCUUUGUGCUCAGAUGCUUCUUCCAGGCUCAGCCUUACAUUCAAAUACACCCGAGUGUCCUGACCAAGGCCAGGACCUGGCUUUUGAAUCACCAGGGACCCAACGGGGAGUUCAUUGAGGUGGGCAGGUCAAUCCAUACAGAGAUGCAGGGAGAACUGGGUGAUGGUCCAGUGGCACUCACAGCCUUUGUCCUCAUAGCGCUGCUCGAGGACAAGAAGUUUGUGGUGAGUCUGGGAAAAAUUUUGUUCUUUAUUAUAGGAAGGGCCUGACAAUUAAAAUUACAUAAAUAAGGUUAAGUUACAGAUAAAACGCAGACACACUAUUGUCACAUGGUACUUAAUUUGACAUCAAGACUCUAGAAAACAGUCAUGGAUGAUCUCUGCAUCCAGUACAGCUUAUACUGACACCCACACUGGUUUUUAUCUAUUUAUUAUCCCUGUUUUUUUCCACGUGAAGGACAUGUAUGAGAAUAUGUCCCAGGCUCAGGAGUACCUGGAGGACAGUGUGUCCAGUGGAGAUGUCAGUAACUACACCUUAUGUUUGGUGGCCUACGCUUUAGCUCGUGCUAACAGUCCAUUGGCGGAUUAUGCUCUGUCUGAGCUCAGCAGGAGAGCAGACUACAGAGGUAUGUUGGUAAAAAUGUUUUCUUGCUUCAUGAUCAGGAAAGUCAUACAUCUGCCUUAAUGCUUUACUUUGAUGCUGCACCAAUCGUGGGUUGUACAUCUUCGGAAACUGCCACUCAGUAUCUGCUUCAGACAGAGAUUGGAGGAGUUAUGACUUCAUUGUGUCUUAUAUUUUAUCCAUCUAAUGUUUAACAAUUUUUGAUUGCCUGAGGGGUGAUGUUGUAAACUAUCCAUCACAUCCAUAUUAAUGUGUUGCCAUUUAAAGCAGGGCCAGGCCAUGGUCACAGCAAGUUAGCCCAGGCAUCUCUUUAACUAUUGACAUUGCUCACAGGGAGUUCUAGGGUAUCCCAAAUCACAUAUCCUCCACUUUUAUGUACUUUCAACCCCUAAUACCAUCAUUUUUCUGCACUUUAUGUGUGAUAAAACCCUCAAUUAUAAUAUUUUUUUAUUCAACCUUUAUUUAACCAGUCCUGUUGGGUUAGGAUUACCCAGACUCAAGGCACCACAGCACAGUUCAAAAGCAUUACCUUGACAAAUUCUUUAUUCCCUUUCCAUCAGCAGUGAUCAUCACAGAUACAUUUUGUGGCCUAGCCUUGAGUUGAUAAACAACAUAACCUUAGAUUUCAGACCUUAGAACAAGCUUCAGCUCAAGCAGGGUAUUUAAGAACAUGCCAAAUGUAUUCUGUAAGUACAUAACAGUCUGUACUACAGUUGCCGCACUGCAGUAUAUAAGUCAUACAAUUUUUUGCCCCAUAUUAUUCACAUGAAUAAUAAACAAAAAGGGGCCUAAUAUGGAGCCCUGCUGCACACCAUUAUGUGUAGUGAUUUCAGUAAAUAGCCCAUCAGGCACGUGCUAGUUUUGACUGUGUAGCCUAAAAAUCAGCAUGAAUAGGACCCAUACUAAUCUUGUAAAUCAAAUUCUUCCUUAGAUGAAGUCAUGAUGUGGCAACCCUCAUACGGCCCGGAGUCAUUUGACUGGCAGCCGCACUCAACACAGAUUGAAAUGGCCUCUUAUGUGCUGCUGGCUCUUUAUACACGUGGCCGCUUGUUGGAGGGCAUCGCUCUCAUGAAAUGGUUAAGCAGCCAAAGUAACCAUCUUGGAGGUUAUGGGACAACACAGGUAAUGCAACACCCAUUUGGUGCUCGGGAAAAUGAUUGAAAGGGGAUCCAAACAUGAGGAGUUUGACCUCUUACUCUUCUCCCUCAGGCCACAGUAGCUGCCCUCCAGGCUCUGGCUUGUUAUGCUGCCUUUAGUGGUGCCUACUCUAUUGAUCUGAGGCUAAGUUUAGCCACCCAAACAUCUCCUGUGUCCUUGUUUAGCAUCAACUCUUCCAACUAUCGAACAUAUCAGAGCCAGGAGGUAAAGAUUCGUUGAAUCUAAUUUUUUUUUGUCUCAUUUACACACAAUUCAAACUGGACAUAGUGACAGAUGCUUUGUUUCAAAAUGUGACUUUGCAUUUAUUUGACAUUUUUUUUAGAUUGAUGCUAGUAAAGAUAUCAACAUGAACAUCUUCCUGGAGGGACGAGGAUUUGCAGUAUUUCAGGUACACCUUUUCUUACUCUGUGCUGUUCAGUUAUUACAGAUGAUAUAACAAUUCUAUACAGUAACAACAUAAUAGAGAAGAUAAAGAAGGUACCAUAAAGUAUAGUUUAACUGGAGCAUGACCUGAAAAGAUGGACAUCAGCAGCUGUGCACUAUAGCUUCAUUCAGCAAAAUGUACAGCAUUAAAAAUGCUUAGCCAAAACAGAUAAAUGCAAAUGUAGCAUGAGAAUGGACUUCCAUCAAUUAACAUCUGGAACAUAUAACAUCGCUGGAAGUUUAGUCUGAAUUUAGUGUGUGUCAUGAUGGUAUCAGUCAGCCAAAAUGACAUUGUUGAAAGAUUAACCCUUUAAAUCUAUCUCGUCAAUUUUACAAUGUGCUGUCUUCUCUUACAGCCUCUCUGUAUUACACAGUAAGCUCCCACUGUUCGCUGUUUUGUUUUUGAGAUGAUUGAGCAAGUUCAAAGAGUCAAACCUUACUUUAUUUUUGCCCCAUGGAAAGGAGAAAAACAGAUAUUGGCCUCCUGCAACCUUGAAGCAUUUGCAGUGAAUCAUAAACACAACAGACGUAUAUCAUAUCUGGCUGUGUUAUCAGGCAGUGUUGUAAACUUUAACUCCUCACCUCUGAAUCUAAGUUGAUAAAUUUUUGAACCUCUCUAUGAAUCUUUUCAGCUGAAUGUCUUUUACAACAUGGAUAGCAAAGCAUUUUCACAGAACCUUGAGCAGACUAAGGACAAGGAGGCUUUCUUAUUAGAUGUGAUUGUGGGUGAGGAAAGGGACCGCACUCACAUGCAGUUGUCUAUAUGCACAGGGUAAGUUUUUACUAUGCUAACUGAUCAAUCUGAUCAGCUAAUGUCAUCUUUUAAAUUAAUAUGGGCUUGUUUUUAUGACAACAGAGUACGACAAAUGAAACAAUGGACUGAAACAACAUGAUAUAACAUCCUGCUUUUGUCCGCUCUAGAUUAAAGAACAAUCAGGUGAUACCCCGUACAGGCAUGGUUGUCAUGGAUGUGGGUAUGCUCAGUGGGUUCGGUCUAUCAUCUGGAGCUGCUGCCCCAUCAGAUCUUAUCAGAAAUGUGGAGACACAGCCUGGGAGAGUCAUCCUCUACCUGGACUCAGUAAGUUUUUUUUCAUAGCAUCAUGAAGGGUGGCAGUAAUGCCCAUCAAGUUUGGAAAAGUAAGAGUUCACAUGACGCCUGAAGAGUAUAACUCAGGAGUAUUAUACCCUUAUUGAAAUUAAACAUGUAAACAUAUAUAUUUUUUCCAAACAAGUACUUCAAGUUUAGGUGAAUGUCAGAAUUAUGGAACAAGCUACCCCUCCAAAUCAGACAUGCCCCCACACUGUCCAUUUUUAAAACUUGUCUUAAACCCAUUUUUAUUCAUUGGCUUUCAACCCUGUAUGAGACUCUGCUCCUGUUUUAGUGUUUUAUGGUUUGUUUUUGGUUAUUUGUUUCUAUGUUUUCAAAUUAGUUUUUAAAAACAUUACCUGCUUUUAUUUUAUCCAUUGUUUUAAUUGUUUUUUGAUUGUUUUUUAUGUCUGCAUUGUUUUGUCUAUUUAUGUACAGCACUUUGUUCAACUGUGGUUGUUUUAAAGUGCUUUGCAAAUAAAGUUGAGUUGAGUUGAGAUAGGAGAAAAAAUUGAUACAGCAUAGUAUCGCAAUAUUUUGUGAUAUAUCAUUUUGUGUCAUUUACCAAGUAUCGAUUUUUCAAAUUAAUUGCUAAUAUGAAGUCAAAAAUAUGAUAAUGGAAAAUAAAAUCAACUGUUUGUCCAGUGAGGUUGGCAGAGGUGACAUCAUAGAGCAGGGGAAAGUUAGUACAACAAAUUUAUACAAGAUUUGCAACAUGUGCUACAUGAAAAUAAAGUACAGCGUAAAUAAGACAAAAAUAAAGGAAAGCCAAUUACUUAAUUAUCUAAACAGCUGAAAAAAUUGUAUAAAUCGUAAUAUAUUGUAUCGCAAUACUCACUGUAUUGCAGAAUAUUAAAAAUUGCAAUAAUAUCGUAUCCUGGCCCAAGUAUUGUUAUGAUAUCAUGAGGCCACUAGUGAUUCCCACCCCUAAUCAGAACUCAUCUUUUGAAAGUCAUCCUCUGGUCAUUCUCUUGAUAGCAUCUCCAAAUCCCUGUAAAAUUCAGGAUGUAAACUACUGAAAGGGUAUGCAAGAAAGCUCAGUUUUGUUCAAGUAAAAUGACAGAUGUCAAAGAGUAAAGUAACACCAACAUUUUCACACUGGUUGCUCACUAAAAAGUAGAAACUAAGCUACUGGUUAAUGCAACUUGUCAUGACUAUCUAAAGUAGCUCAGAUAGCACACCUGCUGCCAUUCUGUACUGGAAGCUUUUUCAAAGAAAGACAACAAAUAGUGGACAGUUAUAAACUGCACAAAAGUUAUUUUCUCCUCCAGCUUUAGCUUUUUACAUUGAUCCAAAAAAUAUGUUUAUACUUAAGAUUUUUUCACAUGCUCACAGAAUGGGAACGACUCAAAUAUGCACAUCUCAUCCGCACACAUGUGGUCAGUCAUUUUCUGGUUCUGUUUACAGCUUACCAAGGCGAGGGUGUGCAUCACACUCCCAGUUGUCAGAAAGUACAAAGUGGCUCAUAUCCAGGAUGCUGUGGUGCACGUUUACGACAAAUGUGAACCUUGUGAGUACAGUUUCACACCAUCUUCAUUUUGCUUUAAUGUCAAUGAACAGUGUUGUAUAUAAAACUAUCUAAAUAAAAGUUCUUUGAAUAUAAUAUGGCACUAAUGUCAUGUGAUUUAUUUUCCUUUUUACAGCAAGGAGAGCAACUCGACCGUACAACUCAAAUGCUCUGCAUAACAUGGACUCCUGCUCUUUCUGUGGCGAGGCCUGUACUCUCUGUAUGCCAGAAAUCACCGUCAAUGUGUCCACCCCGCUGUCGUCUCACUCAGUUCGGAGCGUCACCGACAGUUGGUUUUGCCUGUUUCUUGGGGUCAUUUCUGUUGUUAUUGUCGUCUAA